GUAGGUUAGGUAUUGGCAAGUUCCUUGUAAAAGGCUAUAUAUAAGCACAAUAUUUGCGGAAGACAAAAUCGAGUCGAGUCAAGAGAGACCAAAUUAAGAAUUGAAGUGUUCUAAAUUUAAGUUCCUCUCAAUUAAAUUAUAAAUAGAUCUCUUAAGAAUUGUGAGUAAAAACUAAGUACUAAAUAAUAGUAAUCAAAAUCGGUAUUCACCGAUACGGAUUUGAAUAAAAAGGUAAAAUCACAAAGGGCAUUUUAAAUGUUACAAUGGUGUGGGGAUUUUUCAUUUCGUUCCCCUCGAAUUGGUUAUAAAGGGCUGAGCAAGAGAGCAAGCCGAAAUAUAUUUGUAUUUUAUAAAAAUAUUUUAACUAUAUCAUCUGCACCAAAGGGAGCAUCUUUGCCUUUACUUACUUGGUUUAAUGGGUAUGUUUUCUCUUUGCUUCUUGUCUCUUUCACAGCAAAAACCAUAUUUUUUAAUAUACCUCCGGCAGUAAUAUUGCUUUCUUACAAUCAUCAUGAAUCUCAGACCAACUUCAAAAUGCAAAAAUCUUCUAACGUUACACCGCUCCGCCAUCGCUACUGCCUUAAUACAACUUAUUCUGCUGCUGCAUUUUACCACCUGCACUCAUGCGAACUAUUCAAUGAAAUUACGUGAAGAUUGCAUGGAAUUAAUAGCCAAAUCAAAGUGUCAAUGUUCGCCGGUUCUGUCAGACUUUGAAGUCGAUUGUCCGGCGACAAAACCGAAAAUUUCUGUACGCAUACGACCCAACGAUCAUGUACAAAUACAAUGCAAUAACGCCAAAGAUUAUCAACUAUUACCUAAUAUGACUAUUGGCAAUUAUCCGACAGUACAAAUACAAAAUUGCCCAUUACCUGGGCACCUGUCGAUAGCAAGUAUCCUUAAUCAUUUGGGUAUACGGAAAGUGAACUCUUUGCUUUUUGACAGUAAUGAAUUGGGCGCCAAUAUAACACGUCAGCACUUUGGUGGCCUCACGGGUUUGGGUCGUCUACGUUUCAGUUCAUCGCGUUUGCCACAUAUGCCCGAAGAUCUAUUUUCUGAUGUAUCACUACGAAAUUUAACCUGGUUAGACUUACGAUCAAACAAUGUUGAAUUGCCAGUUAAUAUAUUUGUGAAUUUGGAGAAUCUUAAUUUCAUUGAAUUGGGUCACAACAAUCUCAAAUUACUGCCACCAGGAAUAUUUCGCAUGCAACAUAAGCUUGUUGAUUUAAAUUUGUGGAGCAAUCAGUUGCGUAAUCUAACUAAAGAAACCUUCGAAGGUAUACCUUCGUUAACUUCAUUAGCCUUACAUAACAACGGCAUCGAGACUUUUCGUUCAGAUGUCUUCGAGCUCCUAACGAAUCUUAGUCAUAUUAAUUUAAAUGCCAAUCAUUUUAUAAGUUUACCGGAAGGUCUUUUUCAACAUAAUAAAAAUUUAACCGAAUUCUGGUUAAUAUAUAAUCGUGUUCCUUUAAAACGAUUACCCUCGGCUCUACUAGCCAAUUUGCCACAUUUGCGAGAUGUACGGCUAAGCUGCGACUUGGAAUAUGUGCCCGGGAAUUUGUUUAGUAAUUCCACGGCGAUAACUAAUAUAACAAUCACAGAUAAUCAGUUAGAUAGUCUGCCUGUCGAACUUUUGGAAAAUCAAUACAAUCUCUUAGACUUGGAUUUAAGUAAAAAUCAUUUGAUGACCUUAACUGAUGGUCUGUUCAGAAAUACCGCAAAUCUUUUGGCAUUAAAAUUAUCAUAUAAUCGUUUAACGGAGCUUACAAGUGAAAUCUUCUCCACUUUGCCAAAUUUGCGUUACUUGGAUUUAAGUAAUAAUUUAUUAACAACAAUAAGUCCAAGUGCUUUCGUUCACACUCGCAAUCUGCGCCAUAUUGACUUUGAAAAUAAUCGUUUGAGUUUAAGCGAACCCUAUAUGGAAUUAAUCGAAAACCAUGCUUCGCAAGAAUUUGGAUCACCGUUCCAAUAUUUAAGCGAAUUGCAUACAUUGAACUUGAAAAACAAUUCGAUUAUGUAUAUAUUCCGGGACUGGAAAUAUCUAUUAUUCGAGUUGGAACAACUCGAUCUAAGUUACAAUAACAUCACUACCUUGGAUUACAGUGAUUUCCAAUAUUUAAAGAAACACAAUAUUUUCUUGAAUUUAACUCACAAUCAGUUAAGGGCAUUGAACUUUCAAAAUAUAGCCUUUUUAGACAUAUCAGAGAAAAAUAAGAAGAUCUUUAUGGAUAUAAAUCAUAAUCCGGUACACUGUGACUGCGUUUUGUUAAGUUUCGUGCAGUUCCUGAGAGGCGAAUUGGCUCAAGAUAUACGUGAACAAAUUGAUUUGGAUACGAAGUGGUUACGAUGCUCAGAGCCCGAACGAUUAAAAGGCAAAAUGGUAAGCGCUUUGGAUCCCAUGGAGCUAUUAUGCCCGUUCGAUCAUGAAGAUACGAAACCGAAGCGUUGUCCACGUGGCUGUAAUUGUUGGGUGCGUUCGUACGAUUUAGUCUUGAUGGUCAAUUGCUCAAAUGGUAAUCUAACGAAAAUCCCGCCUUUACCAAGGCUUGAACAAUUGAAAUUAAGUGGGACAGAACUGUAUAUGGAAAACAAUCAAAUUGCCAAACUGCCUUUAGCUAAAACACCCGGUUACGCCGAUGUCACUAAAUUGUUUUUGGCUGGCAAUAAUUUGACCAAAAUUGAAGGCCACUCUCUACCCGCAAAAUUAAGUCAUCUCGAUGUCAGACGUAAUCAGUUAACGCAUCUAAACAUUAGCACUUUGACAUUUAUGAACGAAAGCCGGUCGCUCUACGCUGUCUACCUCUCCCAAAAUUCUUGGCAAUGUGAUUGUGAGUCUAAGGCACUGUUGCAAUCAGUUCAAAGUAAUUACCGUUUAAUACCCGAUCUUUCAAAGAUGACAUGCUUCGACACAGAACCCCUGAAAUACUUUAACGAAUUAUCUAUUACCGACAUAUGUCCGGCAGAUAAAAAGCUUGUCAUAGCAGUCGCUGUAGCCAUUUCGUUAAUUGGCUGCCUUUUCGGUCUCUUAAUAGCCUUGUAUUACAAAUAUCAGCAGGAAAUUAAGGUUUGGCUGUAUGCCCACAAUAUGUGUUUGUGGUUUGUGACGGAAGAAGAUCUGGACAAGGACAAGAAAUAUGAUGCUUUCAUUUCGUAUUCUCAUAAAGAUCAGCAAUUUAUAGCUGACUACCUGGUGCCACAAUUGGAGAAUGGUCCAAUACCGUUUAAACUAUGUGUGCAUGUACGUGAUUUUAUCGUCGGUGAUUUUAUACCCGAUCAAAUAAUUCGCUCUAUAGACGAAUCUCGCCGCACUAUUGUUGUUUUAUCGCAAAACUUUAUUGAGUCGAUAUGGGCUCGUUUGGAAUUCAAAACAGCUCAUAAGGCUGCACUCAACGAAGGCCGAGCGAGAGUUAUUGUAAUAAUUUACGGCGAUAUAGGAGAUAUCGAGAAAUUGGAAAGUGAUCUGCAAGCUUACUUAAAAACAAAUACCUAUUUGAAGUGGGGCGAUCCGUGGUUCUGGCAGAAAUUACGCUAUGCAAUGCCGCAUCUUUCGAAUGAGCUUCGCGGUUUAGUUAAAAAUCCUUUAAAGGGCAGCACCGACGACAAAUUAGAAUUGAUAAAGCCAUCACCGGUAACGCCACCCCUGACGACACCACCAGCCGAAGCUACUAAAAAUCCUUUGGUAGCUCAUCUAAAUGGCAAUUCUGCUCAAACGGCGGUAAUGUUCACAAACGGUAAGAUCCCAAUGCAAAACGGUCAUGUUAAUGGCGCUUACAUUACCAAUACUAACGCAAAACAGAGUGACGUAUAGAAUUGGGAGAAAGCGGAAAUGUUUCAAUUCGAUGAACAAUUGAUAUUUCGAUGAAACAUAAACGCUGAACAGCUGUUUUAAGCCAAACAACAAAACAUAACAACAGCAACCUAAAGGACUGCGCAGUGUAGGAGAAGAAAAACUCUAUUCUUGUAUUUAUAAUUUAUUGCUCUCUGACUAGAACAAAAACAUACAAAGCAACAUAAUAAAUACACAUAAAUAUUUUUAUAAACUUCAUAAUUACUUCCACACAUAUAUACGUGCAUAAUUGUUUCUUUAUAUACUCUUCAUACAUCUUAGUUUUACAAUUGUGUUAUUGUAAAUGCACAAGACUUUGUAAGUUUAAAUCGCAAUCACUAGGAAAAUGUCGUUUGCAAUAUCAUUUCGUGAUGUAAGCGUCUUAGGACUUAAGUUUUUUUUUACCGCUUUAUCAAAAAUAAAGAAACUGAAAUCUCUAUAAUCUCAUGCAUAUAUAUUAAGCCGUUCAAAAUAAGCAAAUUUUACACCCGUUGCUGAAUAUUCGGUCGAAUUCGAAUUCUAAAUAUUCAAUACUACCAUACGAUACGUUUAACCAAAUUAUUAAUUGUAUAGUCAUACAGACGUAAAGACAAUUUGAGCUAGAAUAUGAAACAAUAAAAUUCAUCGGACUGAUAGUUUAAGCUAGGUCUUUGAACCGUCCCUCUACUUUGUGCCUAUGGCAUUGAAUCGCGUUUGCGAUUCAACUUUUUUUCGACAAUCGAUCUCAAUAAUCGCCUAACCGAUCACUUGGUGCUUCAUUACUGAGCGUAUGCGGAGCAGAUGUAAAUCAAAACAUUUGGGCUUUCAAAUCCUUAAAUAUAUAAAUUUUGAAGUCCGUAGACUAUAUGAAUUUCUAUAGCCAGAGUAUUUCAGAUGAGAUAUGCUUGAAGCAUUGAACAACGAACUGGACACCUUCACAAUAUUUCAACUGCCCCAGGAUGUCUCGUACUCCAAACCCUUUAAUUAAUUUAGCUGCUAAAUUUCCAGGUUCGAAACUCUUAGAGUCCUAAGUCCUUUUCAAUUUUUUAUCUUUUUUUCAUUACAUUUGAAUACUUUUAAUUCGAAACGUAUAAAGUGGAGGAGAGAGAGAGAGUGACGGAGUGUGGGAAGGAGGGAGAGAGAGCGAGGGGGGAGGGGCAUAAAGAUUUUUCAAAACCUCUAAAAUACCUCAUCAUACUUCAGAUAAGUAUUUCUCAAAUAAUCUGGGCUUUGAAAUCUUUCGGGGUUCAAAUUAUUUGAUGUUUAGAAUGCUCAAAAUAUUUCAAUUUUGAAAUGCUUCGGAAAAUGCCUGCAAUGUACGAAAUUCCAAAUGCUUGUAGGAUUUCCGAUUUGUAUUAUAUUCUCAAAAUACUUCAUCAACCAAUCAAAUCUUACUUAUCUGAUGAGAUUAAUAAAAAUAGACCUUAAGAUCAGUUAGUUAUCGGCAAUCCAAAUCCACACGGUAAUGAUGUCCUUGUUACCUUGUCUUAUCGUUUGUAAUUCGUGAUGCCUAAUCCAGUUCCAAACAAUCGCGAAAAGGUGGAUUUUAUAUCCUUACGCAAGUGAAGAACUUUCGGUUAUCUCCUAAUAGCCACAGCAAGGGGCAAGAUUCUUUUUAAUUUGAAGAGAGUAGACUGACUGUUAGAUAGAUCUUCAUUCAUGAUGGCUUACCAUUAGCUGUUAUACUUUUAAGUUCCCCUAACACUUAGGUAAACAAAAGACUUGAAAUUAAAGUUUAGUUUUAUGUUCCACAAUUUACUUUCGACAAAAUGCGUUCACUUGCCAAACACUUGAGAUUUAGAGGGAUAAUAUUCAUCUAUAUAUGGAUAUAAGAUGAAUUUUUUUAAGGUCGAUUACUGCUAGUACAUUUGGGCAUUUGUCCAAGUUUCUCUUGCUUAUCCAGAAGAAGCUUUCUUGAAAAAUUUAAACCUUUUCUGAGUAUGUAUAUCGCAUUUGUCCUUCAAACUGAUCUCAAGGAUUUUACAAUGAAUUUUUUAUGGGAAAGCCUUGCACUGAGUAAUUGAUCGCAUUUAUUAGCUUGCAUAAGAUUCUGUGUAUGUUUAUUCCGUAUAGGUUUAUUUAAAUGACUAGUCAGAAUUAUGAUAGCAAAAAUUUGAAUCCAAAUUGUGGGCAAAGUGUUUUGCUAAAAGCAAAAAAAAGCUCCAUUCUAUUCUCCUUUCGAAAGCAAAAUGUAUUUUAAAAGAAGUAAAAACAUUAUAGUUACUCGGUUUUAUAACAUUCUACAGUACUUUACCUAAUGAAUGUAAAGGGUGAGAGCUCUGAAUUGACGUAGUCCAAAUUUCAAAUAAAAUUAGAAACUUUUUCAAAAUAAAGCGCCAUAUGGGAAAUGGCCGUGAAAAUGAUUCGAUUCAAUCCAUCUUCAAUUCUGAUUAGUUUUUGGAUGAACGAACGUCAGGAUACUAAAUUUGAUCGAAAUAUUUCAAAAAUUUUGCGACAUUUAGAUUGAAGACAACAAAAUACAUGCACGGACAGACGGACAAACUUAAAUCCGCAUUACAUGCGUACGCUAAUGUGGGAUAUAAAGUUUUGCUAAGAAAAAUGAUUACCAUAUGCGCUUGUAUGUCAUGGCGGUAGUGCUCCCCUCACCUUAUAGAAAGACUUACGGACACCAAACGCGGUUGCAUUAUCAAUUCAAAAUGUUACGUAAUCAGCUUUUACGUAGUAUUGGAUAUAAUAGCUAAAUAAUUUAAAUAUAUAAAUAAGACAAGAGAAAAAAUUGCCUUCUAUGUGUAAACAUAAAAUUGCGCAAGCAAGCACUUAUAUAUAUAUAUAUAAAUAUAAUAAAAAUUUUAAAAUAUAAUUCAU